UGAUGGCAAUACCGAGUCGGCCUGUGAGACACGUCAGAGGCCAAUUGAUUUAUAUUUUUAUCGAAAAGUUUCAACAAAAUGAAGUUUUACUUGAUAUUAGGGAUUUUAGCAUGCUGUUCAAUAGCGUUUGCCUAUCAAGAAACAUUAGUGCUUGUCGAUAAUUUGAACAUAAGAGAAACUCAUUCACAAUUUUUCAAAUCUUUACAAGAACGAGGCUACACUCUCACAUUUAAAUUGGCCGACGACUCUAACCUUGUUCUCUCAAAGUAUGGCGAAUACUUGUACAAAAAUUUGAUCGUGUUUUCGCCCACCGUCGUGGAGUUCGGAGGACAAAUCGAUACUGAUGCUAUCACAAAGUUCAUCGACGAUGGAGGCAAUGUCCUUAUUGCUGGAAACUCAGCUGCCAGUGAUGUAUACAGGGAAAUUGCUUCAGAAUGCGGCUUUGAAAUGGAUGAGGAGUCCGCUGCAGUUAUUGACCACUUCAACUUUGACUCUUUGGAUGAUGGGGACCACACUAGAAUUGUGGUGUCUCCCAAGAAUUUAAUCAAUGCACCAACCAUUGUAGGACCGCAGAACACUAAGCCCUUAUUGUUUGAAGGCACUGGUUUGAUUUUGGACAAAGACAAUAGCUUAGUUAUGCCAAUUUUAAGUGCAGACAGCACUGCAUAUAGCUAUAAUCCUAAAAGCCAGGUCAAAGAAUAUCCCCACGCCGUUGGCCGCAAGACUGUCCUCAUAGCUGCCCUGCAAGCAAGAAACAAUGCGCGCAUUGUCUUCAGUGGAUCACUGUUCUUCUUCUCCGAUGAAGCUUUUAAUGCCCCUGUUUCGAAGGUUCAUGGCGACAAAGUGAAGUCCGAUGUGUCUGGCAACAAAGAGCUGGCGGUCCACUUGAGCCAGUGGGCGUUCGGCGAGCGGGGCCAGCUGCGAGUGGGUCGUGUGCACCACCACCGCCAAGGGGAUAGCGAGUCCACUAACACUUAUACCAUUAUGGAUACUGUGGUCUACAGAAUCGAAAUUGAAGAGCUCAAGAACGGAAAGUGGCAGCCAUUCGAAGCCAACGAUGUCCAACUGGAGUUUGUUCGUAUCGAUCCAUUCAUCCGCACCACCCUGAAGAAGAAACCCAAUGGAGUGUACGAAGCUAUCUUCAAGGUUCCCGAUGUGUGGGGAGUUUACCAGUUCAAGGUCGAUUAUGAUAGGAUAGGCUACACUCGCUUGUAUCACUCUACACAGGUGUCUGUCCGCCCGCUACAACACACACAGUAUGAGAGGUUCAUUCCCAGUGCUUACCCAUACUACGUCAGUGCAUUCUCAAUGAUGAUUGGAGUGUUCCUCUUCUCUUUUGUCUUCCUGUACUAUAAGGAGGAUUCACCUAAAUCUAAGAGUGAAUAAGUAGUUAUGUAGUAUUUAUUAUUGUAUGCAUGUAAUAAAAUUUUGAUAAUU